AGUUCAUAGAUAUAAUCUCAAUCUGUGGGUCAGUGCUCAGUCGUCAUUUCCAAACAUAGCCAUGAGGUUCGUUAUCCUUACCGUCAGCCUGGCAGCUUUGUUUGUGUACGCAGUAAGUGAGCACUGUCAUGAGCAUGAUGACCUCGACGCGACGUGUAUAUUGACAUCCUGUAACGGCAACAACACAAUAAUGGUAUGCGCGCAUGAUGAAUGCACGUGUGCUAUUAACCCAAAUGUCCCUUGUUUGCAGAAAUCAGAUUGUGAACAAUUGUCGGGAUGUGUUGAACACCACCGCAAACCUGGCAAACAAUGGCAUUGUCUGGAUAGUGCCUGUAAAUGUUUCUAAAGCACUUUGGAAUGUAUUUGGGUACAUAUAAAUGUAUCCUUGAUACCAUAUUUUGGUCAUCAAUAAAAAUAUUUCAUAUAUAUA